GUAUCGUCCUCAGAAUUUGUUUUGUAAAUGAAAACAUCGUAAUAAAACCAGCGUAAUCUUAAAAUAAAUAAAUAACAUAAUAAAAGGCUCAUCGAAGAACAAUAAAAAACUUAUUUGUUUGUGAAAAUCUUACAUCAUUUUGUGGGUCGAAAUGUGUUCGGAUCGAAGUGUCUGAGUGAAAAGCUGGACUUGAGAGAGUUGACAAGAUGAUUGCUAUGUUUUUUAUUUUCAUAGUAGUAGUUUUCUUUUCGUAUCUGCCCAGUUAUUCAUCAAGAAUUUCACGAACCCUUGGAGGAUAUUUAAUCUCGCUGACUCCUGAAGAGCUCAACCUUCGACAGCAAGUGAAGGACAUGAAGGCAGAGCAGGGCGCCAUCAGCAUGUCUGAGGAGUUUGCCAGAUACAUGAAGCUCGAAAGAAAAAUUGAAAAACUUGUGGAGCAAGUUAAAAAAAUGGGAUCAUCCAGGUCGCAGAAACUGACAGUGUUUUCCAUGGCUUUCAAAGUUCUCAUUAACAUACUCCAUGCAGUCACGAUGAUAUCCAUCAUUGUAAUGUUCAAGAAUGAUCCACUGUACAUGUUCCCGUCGGACUGGUUUGUUCCUAUCAACAGAAUAAUCGCUUUCCCAACUGGUGUUUCAGGUGGUUUAGGGGUGACAUGCUGGAUACUUGUGUGCAGCUCAGUGGUGUCCCGCAUCAAGAACUUUGUGAAUGUCCAGCCCGCUGCACAGGACCUCAAGAUCGACUCCUGAUACCAUGGCAACUUUGCACAACAAUGGAACUGCUAAGGAGUUGCUAUGAUUGCGGAGAAUAUUCAGCUGAUCAAUGCAGAUUGUUACCUGUUUAUUUAAUUAGACUUAACCCUUUCACACUCAGAAGCAAAGUGAAAAUGGCUAUAUGCAAACAGCAUAAAACCAGAACAGCCUGUGAGUUACUCGUAGUCUGUUCAGGUUUUAUGCUGUUUGCCACUCACAAGUAAAUGAAGAGUUUAAAACUUGGAUUUAGUAAGAAAGGUCUUUAAUUAAAUUUAACUUUUUAAGGGACUUCAAAUGCGUCAAAAUACGUAUCUAAGUGGUACAUUUUGUAACGGGUUAAUAGUGUCCUCAUGUUUAUAAUGUAGCUAUUGUAAAAUGUGUUGUGAAAACAAAGCUCCAAUAGGUGUUAUCCAGAUCUUCAUUACUUUGGAAAACCCAUCUUAUCUGUAGGUACAAACAAUGCUGACCCAUUUUAUCCACCAAUGAUAGUUGCAUUAAAAUAAUAACAGUUGAAAUGGCCUGUGAUUUUGAAAAGAUUUUAAAUGUGUCCUCUUUGUUUCGCACACAAAUUGGUGGGUUGUUCUAACAUUUAGACCAUUUCGGAGUACAUACUUUAAGUAAAUCCAACUUGAAGGUUGCAGUGUAGUGGAUAUGGUGUUUGUUGGCGAUCAGGAGGUCUCGGAUUGGAUCUUUACUCUUUAAGCCAAAGAAUUCUCAAGAUCUUUUCUUUACACACAAAGCGCUGGUGCUAUCAAAGAAACGGGUUUAAAAGUGUGUCAAUAAGCUUACAAUUGUUGAUGCAAUAGAGCUGAAAUGAAUGAGUUUAAACUAAUGGAAAUCCAAUUGUGCACCCUUGUUUGAUCUUCGUUUUUAACCAGGUUUUCCGAAGGAAAAAACUGGUUAUUAGAUUGGCGAAUGCGGGCGGGCUGGCUGGCUGGCUGGCGGGCUGGCUGGCUGGCGGGCUGGCGGAAUAAGCUUGUCCGGGCCAUAACUAUGUCGUUCAUUGUCAGAUUUUAAAAUCAUUUGGCACAUUUGUUCACCAUCAUUGGACGGUGUGUCGCGCGAAAUAAUUACGUCGAUAUCUCCAAGGUCAAGGUCACACUUUGAGUUCAAAGGUCAAAAAUGGCCAUAAAUGAGCUUGUCCGAGCCAUAACUAUGUCGUUCAUCGUCAGAUUUUAAAAUCAUUUGGCACAUUUGUUCACCAUCAUUGGACGGUGUGUCGCGCGAAAUAAUUACGUCGAUAUCUCCAAGGUCAAGGUCACACUUUGAGUUCAAAGGUCAAAUAUGGCCAUAAAUGAGCUUGUCCUGGCCAUAACUAUGUCAUUCAUUGUGAGAUUUUAAAAUCAUUUGGCACAUUUGUUCACCAUCAUGGGACGGUGUGUCCCACGAAAGAAUCACGUCAAUAUCUCCAAUGUCAAGGUCGCCACGACUAAAAAUAGAUUUAAAAAAAAAAAAAAAAUUACAAAGGGGGUUAAUUUUUUUUGGUCAUUUCAAAAGUUCAGUUUGAGUUUUCUCCCUUUAUCAGAUUUUUUUUUCACAAUGAAAACCUGGUUUUGUGACAAUUUUGUCCCUUGUUAUUGAAUUAUUAUAAUAACAAACGUUUGGUAAGAAUACCAGGGUUAGUUGAAAAGAGUUUUACAUGACCACAAAGUUUGCAUAAUGUUUUCAUAAUUUACUUACAUGAUGCAUACAUUUCUAUUACCAGGGUAUCAAAGACCGGGCAUUAAUGCUUUCAACAUUAAAUAUAUUAUUAUAAGAAUCAUUUUAUAAGUUGAACAGUGUAAGAAUCGAACAUAUCUUAAAGUACGAGUACACGAAUGUUCUUCUCCCAUUUUUAUACGCCCGUUUUAAAAAAAUGGGACGUAUUUUAGUUUCACCUUGGCGGCGGGCGGCGUCCACAGCAGUGUCCGCUCUCUUAUUAUCCCCCACCAUAGGCGGAGGGAUAUUGUUUUGGCGUUGUCCGUCUGUCCGGCACUUUUUUGUCUGGAGCCAUAUCUUGAAAGUGCUUUGGCAGAUUUCAUUGAAACUUGGCAUGAGUAUAUAUAUGGAUAAGAGGAUGAUGCACGCCAAAUGGCAUUGUACACCAUCGGAUAAUAUCAGAGUUAUGGCCCUUUGUAUCUUGAAAAAAAUGCUUUUUUUGUGUGUCCGGAGCCAUAUCUUGGAAGUGCUUUGACGGAUUUUAUUGAAAGUUGGUAUGAGUAUAUAUAUGGAUAAGAGGAUGAUGCACGCCAAAUGGCAUUGUACACCAUCGGAUAAUAACGGAGUUAUGGCCCUUUGUAUCUUGAAAAAAUGCUUUUUUUGUAUGUCCGUAGCCAUAUUUUGGAAGUGCUUUGAUGGAUUUCAUUGAAAGUUGGUAUGAGUAUAUAUAUGGAUAAGAGGAUGAUGCACAUUGGCCUUGUCCAUCCGUCCAGAAUACUUUUGUGUCCAGAAGUAUAAUGGCGGCGGAUAUCAAUUCAAAGAGUUUGCUUGUUCAAAUAGUUUUCAUCCGAUCUUCACCAAACUUGGUCAGAAGUUUUAUCUAGACAAUAUCUAGGUCAAGUUCGAAUAUGGGUUGUGCCGGGUCAAAAACUAGGUCACAGGGUCACUUAGUGCAUUUCAAGCAUUUAGCAUGGUGUCCGCUCUCUAAUUGAAGUAGUUUUUAUCCGAUCUUCACCAAACUUGGCCAGAAGUUGUAUCUGGACAAUAUCUAGGUAAAGUUCGAAUAUGGGUCAAGCCGGGUAAAAACUAGGUCAAGGGGUCACUUAGUGCAUUUCAAGCAUUUAGCAUGGUGUCCGCUCUGUAAUAGAAGUAGUUUUCAUUCGUUAAUCACCAUACUUGGUCAGAAGUUGUAUCUAAACAAUAUCUAGGUCAAGUUCGAAUAUGGGUCAUGCAGGUUCAAAAACUAGGUCACUUAGUGCAUUUCAAGCAUUUAGCAUGGUGUCCGCUCUCUAAUUGAAGUAGUUUUCAUCCAAUCUUCACCAAAUUUGGUCAGAAGUUGUGUCCAGACAAUAUCUAGAUCAAGUUCAAAUAUGGGUCAUGCCGGGUCAAAAACUAGAUCACGAGGUCUCUUAGUGCAUUUGAAGCAUUUAGCAUGGUGUCUGCUCUCUAAUUGAAGUAGUUUACAUCUGAUCUUCACCAAAUUUGGUCAGAAGUUGUGUCUAGAUGAUAUGUAGGUCAAGUUCAAAUAUGGGUCAUGGUAAAGUUAUCAAGUUGUGCAACUCUUGUUGUAAAUGCAAUUUGUGAUUUACUGUCAUAUUAAAUUUUAACAAUCCUAAUGUUAUACUACUUAAUAUAUAUGCCAUUUCUUUAUGUGUGGAACAGAAGCCACGCAAUACAAUAUUUGAGUUGAAAGUCAAGGGCAUUAAGACCUUUUUACUAAAUAUACAUAAACAAAACUUGUCAAAUUUGUAUAUACCAAGAUAUUUACCACUUUUAAUGCUGUUGCUAAUUUCAUUUAUUUUGAUAUUAAGAUUAACCAUUACACAGACAAGUUAAACAGUUGUGGUAUGUGGUGCUGUUUACUAUCACAGAGGUGGGUAGUUUUAUUUAUUUCUUUGUUUAUAAUCGCAUUGUGCUACUUUUACAUAUGUCCUAAUAUUAUUUGAUGAUUUAGACAGCAAACUCUUUUUAGUGUCAAGUUAAAAUGUGAUUAUUGUAUCAUAUUUUGUACACAAAAGACAUGAUUAAAAAACAAAUUUUAAGGUUUUUCAACGAAACUAUCAUUAGGGCAUUUAGUCUUCACUAAUUCUUAACUUUUUUGUACAAUAAUGUUGAGAGAAAGAAAGCCCAAAAUGAGAAAAACUAAAAAUUGAGUUAUGCGUCUAAUUUAUCCCUUAUUGGUUGGCCAUGAAUAAUGUUACUAUUAUAUUAGUUGAUAUAGUGCGUUAUAUUGUAUGUAGUUAGUAUUAUUUUAUGUUAUGUUGUAAGAUCUUGAUACAUUAAGUGUUAAAAAAAUGCAUUUAAAAACACCUAUGUUUGGUCGAUUUGUUGUUUGUGUUGUUGUUUUCGGAUGUUUUAAUAAUAUGAUUUCUGAACCAUCACCCUUGAUCUGUUACAUCGUUUCUUUUAAUUGAAAGUAAUGGAACGAUUGUUACCUUGACCCCAACAACUGACUUGAAGCACUUAUCAAAGAAACGAAUUUGAACAACGAGGCAAACACCCGAUGAUUGACAUUCUUUUGACAAUACAGUUUUAUAUGUUGAAUCCAUCGCUGUCCAAUAAUUUUCCGGUUUUCUCGUGUUUGGAACUUUUGAUUUGUACCGACAUAUACCUUUUAUAUUGGAUAGCAAACAUUGACAAAAUACAUAAUGCUAAAACUUAUAACCCUGCGUUUUCCAGUUGUAAUAUUGCUUCUUGUAUUUUUAUGACUUUAUUUAUAAUUAUUGAAGACAUUUUUUGUGUUAUAAGUUAUAUAUAUGCCCUAAUGUAUUUGUAACAGGGUACAUUUUAAACUAUUUACAAUAGUAUAUCUGAAGUAGUAUGUACUAGUGAAUAUAUGUACUCGUAGAUCGAUUGGUUUGUUAAUUAUUGUUAAUGACGUAUCUACCAUGUGUAUCCUCUCAUAAUUUAUGAUAGGGCUUUCCACAAGUGUAAUUUUGCCCAUUUUCUUUGUAUGUACAAAAUAUCCAUUACACGCAUGUCGCAAUGGACCAUCCGAGUUGUUACUAUUGUGCAAUAAAUAAAAUGAUGAUAGAUAGAA